UCAUUUUUAUUUUUACUUGUUAAAAUCGAAUUAGAAUGCAAACACCCCUGAAAAAUAAUAGUUAAAUAGUAUUACAAAAUAUUAAAACUACAACCAACUGUGUUAAUCUGUUUGUACAUUUACAAUCAGUCAAAAAGUAGUGCCCAAUAUGCCUGAUGAAAACGAGGAUGAUUACAAGUUCGCUGCUUGUACCUUCUUCGCGAAGAACCACCCGGGUGAGACGUGCGGCAGUAACGGGCUGCCUCUUACGCCUAGUUCCGUGACGAUACUGGGCAGGGCGCAGCGCCUGCUACACUUGGAACACCCCAAUUUGUGCACUUACCUGGAUGUUAUCAGGGGCAAACAUGAGAGAAUCAUUGUCGUAGCAGAAGUAAUUGGAAAAUCCCUGGUUGAAGUAAAGUCUAAGUUUUCAUUUGGAGAAAUUACAAAUAUUGGUUUGCAAAUAGCAAAUGCCUUAAAGUUCCUGCAUGAACAAGAUAUCACCCACAGGACCCUUUCUGCGGACAAUAUCCUGUUGGACAGUAACGGUAGAGUGAAACUGUUUAACUACGGAUUGUACUAUAUGACCAAAAGUGGGAAGGAAGUGUCAUUUCCAUUGGGGCUCCCAAGAUAUCUCAGUCCAGAAACAAUAUUAGGCGGUGGAGGGCCGUCUGCUGAUGUGUGGACGUUUGGCAUUAUACUAUUAGAGCUGUGUGUUGGCAAGCUGUGGCAGAACCUUAAGCCAGGACCCAUAUUGCGAAGGAUACUUACGUUGGUUCAUGCUGGCAACCCAGCGGAGAGGAUUGCCAGGGAACAUGAUUAUCAUGAAGUUUAUAAACAAGUGCCAGAUUCAUUGAAGAACAUUAUAGAGAAAUGCCUCAAGAUAUACCCAAGUGAGAGGGCGACAUUUGCUGAACUCGCAACGGAUUUGUCACAAGUUGACAACAAGCAGUUGGCCGAGUUAAAGAAGCCCCGAGGCCUGAUGGGAUGCAAGCUCCAACUACUGUAUCAUCUGUGGCAGUUGACAGGCGGAGACAUUCAGGCGGAGCUGAAGAAAAAUUGUCUGAUCAAAAACAGCCCUCCCAUUUUGUCUAUGCCCAUAGCUAUCCUACUUGAUGGCUGUACCAUAGGAGGAAAGACUGGCGCCUUAUUCGACAGGCGCAUAGCUAAGUACAGCUUGAACCUGCUAAAACUACGGCUCAUACAUAUCUCUCCUCACGACUUCUACCCGUUGAUGCACGAGCGCAAGAAAGACAAUGAUGCUGUAGCUCUACCAAAGAUAAUCAGGGAAAGAGACACGGAGUACCAGUUCUAUAGGCUGUUGUGGUUUCAGAGGCUUCUGCAUGGCUACCCGCACACAGCUCAAUACAUCAGGGCAGAGGCAGAGAUAGACAUACCACCGCUAGUGCGAGGGGACGUGUGGGCCGCCUUAUUGGGGGUCGUUGGAGACAUUGAUGAGCAGUACGAGAGGAUCGACAAGGAAACGCCGACGCCGACUGAUAGACAGAUAGACGUCGACAUCCCCCGCUGCCACCAGUAUUGUUGGCUUUUGAGCGGAGCGGCGGGCCACCGCGCGUUGAAACGUCUACUGAAGGCCUGGCUACUCACACACCCGCAAUAUGUGUACUGGCAAGGCCUGGACUCACUCACCGCACCAUUCCUGUACUUGAACUUUUGUAACGAAGCGCGCGCCUUCGCCUGCCUCAAAGCGUUCGUACCGAAGUUCCUUCACAAGUUCUUCCUGAAGGACAACAGCGCGGUCAUCAAGGAGUACUUGGCCAAGUUCUGGCAAAUGGCGGCCUUCCACGAGCCGGUGCUUGCUUCGCAUCUCCACGAGAUCAAUUUCGUGCCAGAACUCUUCGCUAUACCUUGGUUCUUGACUAUGUUUUCACAUGUGUUCCCGUUGCACAAAAUAGUGCACUUAUGGGACGCUUUGUUAGUGGAAGGACCAUCCCUACCGUUGUUUAUGGGAGUAGGGAUCCUCAGGCAGUUGCGAGACACGCUACUAAGCUCAGGGUUCAACGAGUGCAUAUUACUAUUCUCGGACUUACCGGAGAUUGAUAUAGGGGAGUGUGUUAAGGAAUCCAUUGAAAUGUGCCGAAGUUCACCAAGAAGUAUCAGCUAUAGAAGGUUUACAAAUGAGCCAGUUGUGAAAGACCCUAUGGAUAUAGUGGAAAUUCCAAUGGAAGUCCUGUUCACCGAAAUAUGUCCACGGAUUAGCCUCUCAGAUUUCUUUUCACUGGUGUGCCAAGAGAAGUGUUGCGUCAUCGACAUACGAUCGAAUUUGCUUUACGACAAAAGCUGCAUAGAGGGCAGCAUAAACGUCCCGUACAGUGGGGUGCACCUCGGCCAACUCGAGUUGCGUUCCCUCGGGCUGCAUCCUCAGAGGGUCAUUCAGGAAUCCAUGAAACUUAAGAAGACUGUCGUCGUGGCGUCGGCUGAAGACGAAACUGCUCAACUGUUCAGCGACUACUUAGUAAAGUGCGGGGUGGGUCGCGUGUGCAUACUGCACGGCGGCGUCCACGCACUGCAGUCGCACGUGCCUUCUCUCUUCACCACGCCCCAGCCAGUCGCGAGGGGCAACCGCGGACACACGGACAAAACGUAAAACGGUUAGAGAUUAGGUACAGUCACUGUCAGUCAGCGUCAAAUAUUUCGUGACACCCAUGGGCAAAAACUUGAUUACACAACCUUAUUCCAAUUGUAACAAAGACGCGUUCCAACUUUUUGGCUACUUUAGGAGUUACUACUUUAUUAAACCCGCGAAAUGGCUCUAGAAGGCACUUGGGAUGAAUUUGAAUAGCCUAGUUUCCUAAAAAAAUUUUUGUAGUCCGUCCAUUAAUUAUCAAAAAAUAUUGGACACAUAUAUUUUUAAUUGUCAAUCAAACAAAUAAUUACAAGUUAUGGUGCGUUGAAGUUCCGCGCGACGUCACAAAGUGUUGCAUUUUUAAGCACUCAUUGACGUCACGGGCCUCAUCCUAAGAACUUUGGCGCGCUUGAUCUCUUUAAAUUUUCAUUAGAUUGAAAAAAUGAAAAAUACGUGUCAAGUAUUUUUUGAUAAGUUAAAUGACGGACUAAUUAAAGCUCUUGCUUUUUUACCCAGGAAACAUCCCUAUUGCCCUCAUGCCUCAUAAUAAUAGUAUGACUUAUAACAGUCGUGUGUGAUGAGACCACCAAUUAAUUGACAUGUCUUUUUAUGAAAAACUUUUGCUGUUAAAAAGUGCCUUCCCACAUAGACUUUUAUGUAAAGCAUAGGAACCUAUGACGUCACUUCUAUGCUAAUUCAAUUUACUUGAAAAGUAAUUUGGCUUGCAAAAAGUUUUUAGUAAGCAAAUCAUCAGCAUGAUUAAAUGUUUUGAAUUGGAAUUUUGCUAUGUGGAUAUUUUACACCAAAACGCGUUUGGAGCAGUUUUGUUCGCGUCAUUAUUGGUUUGCUCCUUUUUUUUUCAAGAGUAUUAUUUAUUUAUACUUAUGCCAAAAUUUUAACAUAAGGCAAACUUAAUACCAUAAAGCAGGGGUUCUCUAACUUAUUUGAGACGAGCCCUUUUCGACCAUACAAAAAAAUCCGCCUUGGUCGUAUCGAGCAGCCGCGCCCUUUGCGCCUCCCCUGGGGGGCUGUCCCCACUUUGAGAACCAAUGCCAUAAGGGCAUUCUCGACCAGUUUACCUUCGGGUUAUGCAGAAAAAUUAGUUUGGCGGUAUAACAAAAAAGCAAUUUGUAUCCCGUUAACCUCUCGUGGUAAGCUUAUGAUUGUGUUACCAGUUGGUUCACCACAAGAGUCGAGCGGUCGUUGAGUCUUUGAAACUAACAUACAUUAUUUUUUUAUCUUCCUCGACUAUCUAAGUAGGUAAGGUACCGCGCAGUGUCAUUGAUGAUUUUCCGUUUAUUUAGAAAAUUAGCGAUAAAUGUUAUCAUGUCGCUUUGAUAAAUGUAAUUUGUUGAUAUUAUAGUAACACUACUAUAAAUAACAAUGACUAAGUUCUUGAAUUGAAAUGAAAAUAAUGAGUAAUAAUAUUUUGUUCUAAAUUAAAGAUUCCUUUAGAUUAGGCGGUUUUGAACUAACUGAAAAAUUGGGUUUUUAGUUGUUUUGAUUAAAAUCAAGAAAUAGUCAAUUGAAGUGUCGUCAAAAAUCUAUGGUAAACAAAACCAAUGUCUUGGGACUUGAUUGGUGGUGUCACUACUCAAAUUCAAAUUGCUAUCUUAGGCCGGCAAUACACGGACUGCUUGAAGCAGUCAGGGUCGACAGUUUCAAUCUGCGACUGCACAGUGAACUGCAGAGUUCUAUGGACGCACAUACACGAACCGCUCGAGCAGUUGCAACUGAUUCGGGUGGUCGGCAGCGUUUAUUCCCGAUGUCCCCCACUAUUUGUCCACCACUGGUGGACAUUGAGAAAAAAAGUUGCAAUGUCCACCAGUGGGGGACAGCGCUACUGAAAUCUUCCCGUUGGGUCCUACUGGUGGACACUGAGAAGAAAUGAGUUGCUCUGUCCCUCAGUGGUGGACAUCGAAACCAAAAAAGUUCCGUUGUCCCCCACUAUUUGUUUUGUUUUCGUGAUAAUUAAAAAUUAUUUUUUUUAAUUCGUUGAUAUCAAAUAUAAUUCUCAGUUUUUUAACAUCCCACCUUUCCUAUUGUAAACUUUUUCAAUUUGUCGUGAACUAGAUCCUGCAAUUUCCGACAUUAUUACAGAUAUUAAGUGCAAAAUAGUAACAUUACAGACACAAUAAUUUCUGAUAACAUGAACAUUGUGGGUACUUGGAAAAUUAAAAAUGACAAAACCGUUCCGAUUAACGCACACUUCCUAGGGGCGUCAGUAUAAAUAAGGAUUGUUGUAAACUAUAAUAAAAAUGCUUUAAAAAUGUAUGUAUUAUAAUUAUUAGUAUAAGAUUUACUUAAAAUGUUUGUAUUCAUGAACACAAAUAUAAUAGUGGAGGACAACGGAACUUUUUUGGUUUCGAUGUCCACCACUGAGGGACAGAGCAACUCAUUUCUUCUCAGUGUCCACCAGUAGGGCCCAACGGGAAGAUUUCAGUAGCGCUGUCCCCCACUGGUGGACAUUGCAACUUUUUUUCUCGAUGUCCACCAGUGGUGGACAAAUAGUGGGGGACAUCGGGAAUAAACGGUCGGCAGCACGGUGAAUUUUGAAUUUUGAAUCGUGCGGUCAAGCAGUCGCCAGCCAUACACUGACUGCUCGAGCUGUCGACAGCUCUCGCGCAGUUACCUCCGCCCACUUUCUUCAUUCCAGGGCGCGCGUGCUUGUGAUUUGUCGAGCAGUUAAUACCAACUGCUCGAGCAGUUAUCACUGGCAGCUUCAAGAUGUUGACUCUUGACUGCAAGAGCGGUCCGUGUAUGUUGAUCACUGACUAACUGCUCGAGCUGUCCAUGUAUCGCCGGCCUUAAAGUUCAGGCUGGCAUUGAAAACUGCUUCUGAUGGAUUCUUCCAUUUACUUUGUGACACAAGGCAGGUAAUUUGUUAUUAUUCCUCACUAAAAAUGAGGGACAGAUCUGUAAUGCAAAAAUACAAAUUGUGCAAUAGUUUUUAUAGUAAAACCUAUUCAUCACAUACUCAUAAUUUUGUAAAAUUAUAAGAAAUAAUAGAUUUAAGUAUACUUAAAUUAUUUAAAAAUGUUUAUUUCUGUAUAGUUUAUUUUAUUUUAUGCAAAUAAAUAUAUAAUCAAUCUUAAACUCA